CGAGAGUGUAGUCUCUGCAGUAACGUUACCAAAGUCAACCGAUUGAUUGUUGUGAAAUGCUCAGUCGUGCGUAGACAGCAGCAGAGCACGAGUAAAGCCUGCCCGAUAAAUUCCUGUUGUUUACCGGUAUUCUACUCUUGCAAAAUGCUCACUUGUGUCCACAGGAAAAAAAUUCUAAUAGGAGGAGGAGUGACGGUGAUAUUAUUGGCGAUACUAAUCACCGUCCUCGUUCUGACGAUUCGACGAAUCAGCGAUCUCGACGUGACGGAAUCGUGGGGCCCAAAAUUCACGAGUCAGUCCCAAUUAGGCGUUUACGAAAAGGCUGCUGUAUCCUCGAACGGUGGACCAUGCUCAAAAAUAGGAGUAGACAUGUUGAGGGACGGUGGAUCUGCUGUCGAUGCUGCGAUCGCGGCGCUACUGUGCGAGGGCGUCGCAUCGUUGCACAGUGCUGGACUCGGGGGAGGAUUUCUAAUGACUAUAUGGGAUCCGAGUAACGGAGGUGAAGCAACGUUCCUCGAUGCAAGGGAAUCGGCGCCCUCGAAAGCUCACAGAGACAUGUUCAAUGGGGACGGAAGCGCAGCCAUGUACGGUGGUAAAGCGAUCGCCGUGCCUGGAGAGUUGUUGGGUUAUUGGAAAGCUCACAAAAGGUACGGAAAACUGGAGUGGUCCAAGCUGUUCAAACCGACCAUAAAACUGUGUAAAGAAGGAGUCGUGGUGAACGAUUAUUUGGCUGAAUCACUCCUGAAGAAAGUGUCACUCAUACGGAACGAGCCGAGCUUAGCAGAAAUUCUCAUUAAUCCGAUAACGAAUUCAACUUGGGCUGCUGGUGAAAAAAUAUUCAGGCCCGUCUUGGCACAGACUCUGCACGAUCUCUCAGUCGCUACUGAUCCGGUACGACUAUUCUACAAUGGCACGAUGGGCGAAAAAAUCAUCGAGGAAAUUCAAGGAUUUGGAGGAAUCAUGGUCGUCGAAGAUCUGCAGAAAUACGAGGUCCAUUGGCGAAAACCGAUAGUGAGUAAGCGAAACAAGUUAACGAUGUACACCGCACCUCCGCCGGGUUCAGGAGUCAUUCUCAGUUUCAUCAUGAAUCUUCUUCGCGAGCUUGUACCUACGACGAACGAGACGAUAUUCUGGCAGCGAAUAACCGAAAGUUUCAAAUGGGCAUAUGCCAGACGAACGGAACUCGGUGACCCGGAUUUUGAAAAUAUAGACAGUCUGUUGGCUAAUCUAACAUCGCCAUCGUACGCCGAUGAGAUAAAGAAAAUGAUUGAUGACAAUUGGACGAGCGAUGAUCCAAAACACUACGGAGUAACGAGUGCCACUCCGACAGACUCAGGCACAGCGCACGUUUCUGUACUGGCUCCUGAUGGCUCUGCAGUUUCCGUCACGUCUACUAUCAAUCAAGUUUUAGGUUCAAUGAGACGCUCGAGAAGUACAGGCAUAAUAUUCAACGAUGAGAUGGACGACUUCAGUUCACCUAACAUUACAAACGGUUUCGAGUUGCCACCGUCACCUUCGAACUUUAUUAAACCUGGAAAACGACCACUGAGUUCAAUGACCCCAACAAUAAUCGUUGAUGAAAACAACAAAGUUCGUUUAGUAAUUGGGGCGGCUGGUGGAACUAAAAUAACCACGGCCAUUGCUACGACAAUGAUUUUAAAUUUGUGGUCAGGCUACAACAUCAAACAAGCUGUGGACGCGCGAAGGCUUCACCAUCAGUUGGUACCGAUGACGAUUCACUACGAGCCUCAUUUCAAUGAAACAAUUCUGUCCAAUUUGAGAUCGAUGGGACACGUAGCAUCGCCUUAUUCAGGAAUCGGAAGUGCAAUGACUGCCAUAGAACAAAAUAAUGGAAAAGUAUUAGCGAAUUCGGAUUAUCGUCGGCAAGGAACCGUCGAUGGUUUUUAAUUGAAAUGCUGGAGACAAAGAUCGGUGAAGGAUGCUUCACCAUAUUUUUCUACCCUCAGUAUUGUAUUUAGUAUGCAUUCGAACGAGAAAAUGAAGAGUGUAUGGGAAUUGAAAUUCCACUUCGUAGUUCGCCGAAUAAUUAUGUUGUUUUGAGUGUUGUGCCCUCUGGGCUUUAUGUUACAUUUUUAUAUAAAGAUUACUAAAUAAAAACUUGCGCAUUUUACGAGUUUA